AUGGCUACUGCGUCUUCAACUUCUCAAUCUUCUUCAUCCUUCUGCGCAUCACUGCUUCUUCUUCUUCUUCUAUCUCCUCAGGCUUGCUUCACUUUUGCCCUCUCUCGCUCGACUGUUAAGUUUCUUCCUGGCUUUCAAGGCCCUCCUUUCCAUCUUGAAACUGGGUAUGUGGGAGUUGGAGAAUCAGAGGAUGUGCAGCUCUUCUACUACUUCGUCAAGUCAGAUCGAAAUCCGAAACAAGACCCUUUGAUGCUCUGGCUAACUGGGGGCCCUGGUUGCUCCGCUUUAUCUUCCCUUUUCUUCGAAAUAGGUCCAAUUCAUUUUCGGAUUGAGGAAUACAAUGGUACUCUGCCUAUGCUUGUUUUAAACCCAGACUCAUGGACUAAGGUUUCCAGCAUAAUUUUUAUAGAUUUACCUGCUCAUACUGGAUUCUCCUAUACAACACUCCCCAUUGCUCCUCAGCGUACUGACUCUAAACAAAUCCAACAUGCCGUUCAAUUUCUCAGGAAGUGGUUGACUGUUCACCCGGAAUUCCACUCGAACCCAAUAUACAUAGGUGGGGACUCAUAUUCUGGAUAUAUUGUCCCUGCAAUUGCCCUUGAAAUCUCAAUAGGAAAUGAGAAUAGUAUAGAGCCUUCAGUUAAUUUCCAGGGAUAUUUGCUAGGAAACCCCUCAACAGAUGAUGUUAUAGAUAACAACCAUAAGAUCCCAUUUGCCCAUGGCAUGGGGCUUAUUUCUGAUGAACUCUAUGAGUCAUUGAAAAGCAGUUGCGGGGGAGAGUAUCAAUAUGUUGAUCCUUUUAAUAAAAUGUGUGCCAGAUAUAUUGCAGCAUAUGAAAAGUGUGUUUCAGGAAUAAAUUCUGCACAUAUUUUGGAACCCUUAUGUCCCUUUGCUUCCCCAAAACCUCAAAAGUUCUCUGACAGAAGAUCUCUCCAUGAGAUGCCUGAAACCUUACUCACCUCAGACUCUCAACCAUCACUUCCUGAUAUAACAUGUCGAAAUUACGAAGGUUUGCUGGCUCAGGAUUGGGCAAACGAUGGUUCUGUUCGCAAGGACCUUGGCAUCCGUCAGGGAAGCAUAGGGAAAUGGGUGAGAUGUAUUAUGAAACCUUAUACUAAAGAUAUUGAAAGCAGUGUUCCAUAUCAUUUGAAGUUGAGCGCUAAAGGUUACCGUGCGCUCAUAUACAGUGGAGAUCAUGACUUUAUCGUCCCGCUUUGGGGGACUCAAGCAUGGAUAAGAUCUUUAAAUUAUUCCAUUGUACAUGAGUGGAGACAGUGGUUUGUGCAAGGCCAAGUCGCAGGUUACACAAGGACAUAUUCAAAUGAGAUGACGUAUGCGACUAUUAAGGGUGGAGGGCACACAGCUCCUGAGUACAAACCUAGAGAAUGCUUUGCAAUGUUUGAGCGGUGGAUUUCUCGAAAACCAUUGUAA